AUGUCGCCGUGGGUGACCAUGGAGCUGAUGAGCGGCCACCAGUGGGCCUCAGCGGUGAGGGAGGAGGGAAAGGCUCCGGGGGCCGAGGAUCGCGUGCAGCUGGGCGCACAGGCCCAAACCUGCAGCGUCUGGAAGAGUUCUGGCAUUAGGCUGUGUGGGUUCACACUGCACACUAGAACUCUGGGUGGAAUAGGAAAGGAUUACCCAACAUCCGUCGUCAGCAUCAUGCGCUCACAGCCCGAGACCAAGGGAGCCUUUGCCUCCUCCGCUCCCGAGGACACAGUUAUCCCCCAGCGAGAGGGGCCCGGACACGUCUCCCAAAAAGAAGAUACAGUGCAGAAUGAUCUCCAAAACGAAGCCACAGUUCUUGGAACUAUCCACAUCCUGUGUUGCCUGGUGAUUUCAAGUUUCGGGGCUAUUUUGAUUUCUCCUGCCUACUCUUCCCACCUGAAGCCCGCAGUUUCCACCCUGUUGAUGUCCGGGUACCCAUUUGUAGGAGCUCUGUGUUUUGCCGUCACCGGAUUCCUCUCCAUUAUCUCUGGGAAAAAAUCAACUAAGCCCUUUGCCACGAGCAGCCUGACCUCCAGUGCAGUGAGUUCUGUUGUCGCUGGAGUGGGCCUCCUCUUCCUCAUUUACAGCCUGGUAGCCCUGGGGGCUGCCUCUCAACUGUGUGACUCAGAAAAGGAGCAUCUAUUCUUGCCUCACUCGGGGUCCCCCAAUCCAACAUAUGAAGUCAAGGACUGUGUCCUGGACGGUAUCAGUCUCACAGCCGUGCUGGCGGUGAUGCUCAUCUUCUCGGCGCUGGAGCUCCUCCUGGCCGCCUACGCUUCUGUCUUUUGGUGGAGACGGGUCUGCUCCAGCAACCCUGGGAGUUCAUUUUCCUUGCCUCAGUCACAAGACCAUAUCAAACGUGUCAAAGACUUCUUCAAGGCCAUGGAUAUGUGUAACUGUUAGACUUAGAGGAAAAAGUAAAGAGAAACCCAGUGCUCCUGGGAAAGUGUGAUGAGACUUUCCUGAAGUUUCAGCUACUUUACACUCUGAAAGAAACUUAAAAAAUAGCUUUUGUUUCGUAUUUUGUCUCUAUGAGUAAUUUUUUAGUUGCUCUUAAAAACAAUUUCCCCAAAGCUCAGGUCAGUAAAAUUUUACUAGCCUGUCUUCUAAAGUGGCCAUAAAAUUUCUAUGUUUUGGGGUAAACUAAACAGGAAGUGAUUGUCUAUUCAUAAACAAGGAGAGAAAAGGCGCAGUCUUGUGCUAAUGCAAAUUGGCUAAGUCAUGUGGCUGUACAGGCUCUGUUUCUGUAUUAUUUUCACAUGCAUAUUGCUUAAAUAAUAGGUGUUAGGUUUGCAAGAACAUUUUUAUUAAAAAUACUUUAAAAAUAUAUGGCUCCAUUUCUGUCAAUUGAAUUAAUUACAUUUCUGUCAAUUAAAUAUAGCUCAACGUUCUGUCUCAUUUAAUGACUUUAUUCUAAAAUAUGUGGAUUCAAAGAUUAGAAUUAAUCACAAUGCUCUCUCCCAUCUAAGUUCUGGACCAAAUAAGAAACUAGACAUAUAGAAAUAACAUCAGCUUAAUUACUGUAUUGGAGUAAACAACAUGACUGACCUAAUAAAGACAUUCCUAAUACUGCCCCUGGGUCUAGGUCUUGGGUUCUGUCCCAGAGGGGAACAUGCAACAGACGUGCACUUAGGUGUUUUCUAAAUGACAUGUACAAAAAUGGUCACAGAAGUCAUACACAUACGAGCCCCCAAAGGAAAACUAUUCAACUAAACAGCAGAAGAAACAUAAAAAGGGUGGUAUAUUUAAACAAUGGAGUAGUAUGCAGCACUGUGAAUGAACACACCACAAUUCAUGCGGCCACAUGGGUAAAGCCACAAAACAAUGAUCGGGGAACAAACACUAUGUAUGAGAGAGUACAUACUGUAUAAAUGCAUUUACAUAAAAUACAGUUUAAACACAAGCAAAACUAAUAUAUGGUGUUAGAAUCAGGGGUGUGGUCACCCUUGGAGUUAAUAAUUGGAAGGGAACCAGAAGGCCUGUGGUUUCUGGAAAUGUUCUUUUCCUUGGUCUGGAUGCUGGUGCUGUGCAUAUAGGACAUGUCCUCUUGUUUCUACGUUACAAUGGAAUAAAAAC